UAGAGUUUUGAUUGGUAUUGGCAACUAAUCGUUGAUUUCCCUAAACUUGCGAUUUGAGCCAUGUUUUUGAUUUAGUAAUCGGAAUCUAUGGUGGCUGAAAUCUACUUCUGAACAAAACUGGAACCGUUGAUAAGGGGCCAGGCCUUCCGGAGUGGGGACGAACUGGUUCGCAAAUCAUCAACUCGCCCUGAGCCGUUUGGAGACGAUUUUCAAGAUGACUCUUUCAAGUGACUCUUUACGCCAACACACACCUCACUUUCGCCCAGGGUUUUCAUAAAAACCUGCGUGAAAGAAUCAAGAACGAGAGCAUUCGUUCUAGAAUCCUGUUCUUUUCCGUUUAUAGUUCAUUCAUCUAUUCAACGAUCACGAGCCAAUCGCUCACAAAAUGUCGCCCUUCAAUCUCGAGACCUGCGCCAGGCCAAACAUCCUCGCCUUGGAACCUUAUCGCUGCGCGCGCGAUGACUACAAGGACGAUGGCACCAACAUCCUCCUAGACGCCAACGAGAACGCCUAUGGGCCUCCCGUUCCCCAAAACCUGGGUACCGGCUCCGGUUCCAGUGGUCCCGAGCUCGACCUCCUCGGCCUGCACCGCUACCCCGACCCUCACCAACGGGACCUCAAGCAGCUCCUCUGCUCGCUGCGCACGACCCACGCGCACACCUCCAAGCUUCUGACGCCCGAGAAUCUCUGCGUAGGCGUCGGCUCCGAUGAGGCCAUCGACGCUCUCUUGCGGUGCUUCUGCGUUCCCGGCCGCGACCGCAUCCUCGUCUGCCCGCCCACCUACGGCAUGUACUCCGUUUCCGCUCAGGUAAACGACGUCGGACUCGUCAAGGUCCCGCUGCUCCCCGCUCCCUCCUUCGCCAUCGACGUGCCGCGCGUCCUCGAGACGCUGUCGACCGAACCCAACAUCAAGAUCAUCUACCUCUGCUCGCCGGGUAACCCCACGGGAUCCCUUCUCGCCAAGGAAGACAUCCAAAAGGUUCUCGAACACCCGACCUGGAACGGCGUCGUGGUCGUCGACGAGGCCUACAUUGACUUUGCGCCCGAGUCCGCCUCGCUGGCCGAGUGGGUCAACGAGUGGCCCAACCUGGUUGUCAUGCAGACUUUGUCCAAGGCGUUCGGCCUGGCUGGCAUCCGUCUGGGAGCGGCCUUCACAAGCCCCCCUAUCGCCAGGCUGCUGAACAGCCUCAAGGCUCCCUACAACAUUUCUUCGCCGACCAGCGCGCUGGCCAGCUACGCGCUGGGACCGGACGGCCUGAAGGUGAUGCGUGCGAACAAGGAGAGGCUGAUCCAGCAGCGGGAGAGGCUGGUGGCGGAGCUGCCGCAGAUUCCGGGCGUGGGCAAGUUGGCGGGCGGUGAGAGCAGCAACUUUUUGUUGUACGAGAUGCUGGAUAAGGAGGGAAAGCCGAGCAACGAGACGGCGCUGAAGGUGUAUCAGAAGUUGGCCGAGACGAAGGGAGUGGUGGUCCGGUUCAGAGGCAAGGAGCACGGGUGCGAGGGGUGCUUGAGGAUUACGGUGGGUACGGAAGAGGAGGUUACGAGGUGCUUAGGAGCGUUGAGGGAGGCGUUGAAGGAGGUUAGGGGGGAGUAAAUGUGGUCAUCAGGUGUCGAGCGACUUGUUCCUAGAGUAGAAGAAUAUUUAGACUAAACUUGAAAGUUCUUAAGCUCUUUUUAUUCCCCAUAUUCGGUGCUCGCAAGUAACCAAUUAGGGAAGGAGUAGGUUCAGGACAAAAGAACACGACACUGCAAUAUACUCUAUUCUCACCCUG